AUGGCGACCAGAGCUAUCCCAUAUCUGUUUCUGACGCUGACCGUAGCGGUGCUGCUAGAUGAUCAGCCGUACUGCUCGUUGCGGUAUCGCAGAUUGUGCCAGGGGAAGGGUCGUCAUGUUGCCUGUCAGUUCCCUGUUCCUGGAGCAAGUCCCUCCUGUAGCAACUAUACAAAAAUCAAGUUCACCAGUGAUUUGCGACAUUUUAUUACGCAUUACAUUAACAGGCGUAGACAGCGGAUAGCGGCGGGCAGCGAGCGGGUACGAGGCGGAGCGAUCUUGCCCAAGCCACAGGUUAUGAUGUGGGUGGAAUGGGACCGAGAGCUCGCCCACUUGGCGCAGCGGUUGGCUGACCAGUGUCAAUUCGUACAUGAUGACUGCAGAGCAACCGUUAGGUAUCCAUACGCGGGCCAGAGCGUGGGUGAGGUGCGCUGGCGUCGCUCGGGUGUUUCUGAAGAACUGACCGCACAGCGCGUCAUUAGACGUGUGUUUGACGCGUGGUGGGGGGAGAGACGACGCGUGUCACCGAAACAGAUUACUGGGCCGUUCAGAUUGGCUGCUAGAGGCAACGUGUGGGGCCACUUCAGCCAACUCGCAGUGUGGACACUGCGCGCGGUGGGGUGCGGCGCAGUUCGUCAUGGAACAACGCACACCCGGCUCUUGUUGGUCUGCGACUUCUCGCACACCAACAUGCUGGGGGAGAGGACUGUUAACCCUGGACCGCUGGCCGCCUGCCCGAUGCACACUGCGAGGAAGUUGCGGUCAACUUAUCCCCUGCUAUGCGCUCCGGUCCGACACACGCCUCCACCGGACAGUGAUGACAAGGAUGAUGAUUAUGAUGACGAUGAUGAACAGGAGGACCAGAUGCAGGAUGAUGGAAAGGCGGAAACGAGAAAACAUUUGACGUCUAAAAGAUAUCAAGCCGAAACCCGAACUACCAUAAGGGUAAUAGAUCGACUGGCGAUGGAACUCGACGGUCAGCAAUAUAGUACAAGGAGGCGAAUUCCGACAUCGAAAAAACUGUAUUUCGGCGAUGUGCGAUAUGAAUUGGAAAACAAGUUAGCGGACAAAUUGCCUCGCUUCGAAAAAGAACAUGUUCAAGACUCGGAAGGAACCCGCGUCUCUGAGACAUAUGCUGAUGUGGAUUAUACACAAAGGGUACAAGUAGCAAGACAUAAAUGGAAGCAAACGAGAUACAGACCAAUUCGGCCUGGUGCAAAUGCCCUCUUGAGUAAACCAGUGGAAAAACCUAUUGAGAGACCUACAGAGGCCAGUAACGACCGUCGGCUUGUAUCGCUAAUGAUAGAUAAAGAUGAUGUCGAUCAGCUGUUUCGAGAUACAGGCUUCAAGAUUACUAAUGUGGGAGACGCGACACAAUGA